AUGAGGGCGGGUGGGGGUCUAGGGGGGAUAGGCGGGUUAGUGGAGGAGUUUGAGGAGUGGGAGAGGAAUGGGGGUGAGCCGCCUGAGCCGCCUGAGCCCCCUGUGCUGCCGCCCGUGGAGUUUGUGUAUGGGGAUGAGAGGAGUGGACAUGGGGCACUAUCUGUGUCGCCCGUGGCUCCCGCUGCACAUCAUUCGUUUGACUCUGGGUCCGUGCAUUCUGUCAAUUCGCCGGAGCACACGAUGCCCGGGGUGUAUGCAGUUCCUCCAGCGCCUCCAAUGCCUUCCCCGGCUCCACCGUCGAUUCAACAGCCCGCGCCGCACGCACCACCCCCAAGCGUCACCACUACGAUUUUACCACCCGUUGGAGAGGACACGACCGCCAGUUUCGAGGACGUCCUGCCCAUUCCGUUCCCAGCGCAUCUCGCCUGGGACGAACGAAACGCAACUCCAGACCUCCCCUUCACCGACCCCUCCGACGGCCUCGGCCUCCUCCCAGCCACAAACAACGGCUACCUAGGCCCAACCUCAGCCUCGUACUACCUCCGUUCCCUCCUCCCCAACCACUCCAUCUCCUCUCUCACCCAUUCGCCCUCCUACCGCGCCUCGUCCCCUGUCCUUCCUCACCUCCCCACCGCGCCCAUUACCUUGACCCCCACCCUCGAACACACCUGCGUAACAACCUACUUCAACCUCUUCCACCCCCUUUACCCACUGCUUGACGAAUACUCGUUUAGGACGCGGCAUAGUCGACAGGUCCGGGGUGGUGGGAGGGUCAUCGAUAUUGACCCGGGGUGGGCGGGGGUAGUUUGUGGGGUCUGUGCUGUUGGGGCGUGGGUUGGGGGGACGGGGGGUGUAGCGACCGCUGGCGGGAGUGGGAUUUUGGGAAGCCAAGGAGGAGGAGGGAUGCUUGGGGUUGCGGAGCAUUUCUAUGACCGCGCUAUCAAGGGGCUGGAUACGUUGACUCUUCUCGGGACCGGUACUCUGCAACUUUUGCAGCUUUUGCUUAUACUCGCCAAACUGGCACAAAUGCGUGACCAGCCCAACACUGCGUUCGCCAUGCUAGGUCUGGCGAGGCGUAUUGGCGUUGGACUCGGGUUGGGACGAGGGAAGGGGAUGGAUGAGGAGGGGAAGAGGGUUUGGUGGGCUCUUGUGGUGAUGGAGGUGGAGUUGAAUCUCGCUCUGGGUCGACCGAUCGUGUUUGACCAGGCAGAGAUCGCGGAAGUCAAUCUUUCGGCUGUUGUCAGUGAUGGUGCAUGGGAUGGAGGAGGGACGAUGGCCAUACAGAUGCAUACACUCCGGCCAUCCGCACAGCUCGCGACCAUCACGACGCGAGUCUACUUUCGCUUCCUUGCUCAGCAACGACCCCCCUCUACGUCUUCAUAUUGGACGGAACUGAACGCGUUCGACAACGAGAUCAAAGAAUGGAAGGACGGCCUAACAGGUUACCUGAAGCUCGGCACACUUUGUCCAGAAACCAUAAUCCUCCCCCGCGCACUCCUCCACUGGCGUGCCGACCAUCUCCGCACCGUCAUGCUGCGCUCCCUCCUCCUCUCCCCAGCCAGUUCCUCAUCAGCGGAAGAUCAAGGAGACGACUGGAAACGAACCUGCCUCCAGCUCGCCAAAGAGACGACCGUCUCAAUCCAUGCUUUCCGCGCCCAACACCCCGCAUUGGCGAGGGUCCAGGUCGCGGUGUGGUAUACCACCUACUUUCUCUUUCACGCCGUGCUCGUCCCUAUCGCAUACCUGUUACGCUCGCCAGCUAUGAGGGGGAGGGGCAGGGAAGAGGAGGAGUUGAAAGACUGUGUUUGGGUUGUGUUGGGUAUCUUUGAGGAGAUGGAGAGGGAAGGGUUUGGGAUGGGACGGAGGUGUGCCGGGGUUGUGAGGAUGUUUCUGGAGAAGGUACAGCAUCGAGACCACCCGCGCGCUCCGGAUCAAGCAGCCGGAGGACCCACGUAUACCACUAUACCCGAGGGAGGAGGUCUACAAGUACUGGCGGAUGCGAUGGAGGUGGAUGGGUACGGAGCAGGGGAAGGUACGGGGGGAAUGGGAUGGGAUGAGUUUCCGUUGAGUAGUGCGCAGGGAUUUUUCGGGAUGUAA